AUGUUCAUUGGACGGCGUAAAAGUAUAAUUGAAAGUGAGGAGAAUAGUAAUGACCAAGUAGUAAGUUUUAGAAGAAAAGUUAUAAAUAGAAUUUCAUCGAGUUCAGACGGAUAUUGAGGAACCAUAUGCAAGUGAAGACCUUGACGACAUGUUGGAAGAAUUUGCUAUAGACGAAGAAGAGAUGGACAAUAUCCAUUGAAACAAAUUCGCUAACAGGCAACAGUCAUUUCCGUUCACCGGAAAAAGUGGGCUUCUGAUAGAUUUAUCGUCUGGCAUUAGCACAAGUGAAGUGCUUUAGCUAUUCUUAGAUGAAAAAGUGAUAAGCCUUUUAGUCACAGAGACUAAUAGAUAUGCAGAGCAAAAAUUGCAUCAACGUGACAUGACCAAUCAUGCUCGACAGAACAGAUGGAAAUCCACCACUUCCGAAGAAACUGCAAAAUUUAUCGAACUGAUGAUUUGGAUGGGUCACAGACACCGCUCGUUAGGGUCAACGAACCCUCUUUACAAUUUUCCAUUCCCGCGCAGCAGGAUGUGCCGUAAUCGUUUUGAAUUACUAUUAGCAAACUUGCAUUUUGCAAAUAACGAAACGAUAGAACAGAGUAGCAGACUUGGAAAAGUUUUACCACUCAUAAACAUGAGACGACUAAUACUCAGGCAAUACAUACCAACGAAAUCACAUGAAUAUGGUAUAAUAAAACUAUUCAAACUGUGCUCUAUCAAAGGUACACAUGGUUUACGAAAAUAUAUUCUGGACAAGAUACCAGCAGAAGAAAGCAAGACGAACUAUGUCGACAACUUUUACACGAGCUACGAAUUAGCAGUCAAAUUUUUAAAUUUUAAGACACAUGUCGUUGGAACUGUACGGUACAACAAAAAAUUUAUGCCAAUUCAUUUUGUAAUGUCGUACCCACUGAAGAGCAACAAAACGAAGAGAGUGUCUCACCAUUUAGAGAUUCGUAAGAAUCAGCGGAACAAGCCUAUAAGAAGGAUGUGCGCCCUAUGUUACCAGAAGAAGAAAAGUUCAUCAGAAUCAGAAGAUUCCCAUAUUCGCGAAGAGACGACAUGCGGAAAAAUGAUCUGGUCAUAUGAAAAUUUGAAACCGCAAAUCCGGUUUAAUCGAUUUGCAAUUCCGAUCGAUUACUUCCAUCUAUUUUUCUCGGAAGAAUUAGUGUCAUUUAUUGUGGAAAAAACGAAUGAAUAUCGCAAAUUCAAGAUAGAUUCUAGCUCUUUCCUAAAAACUCACGAAGGACAACAUUGA